GAAACCUUCAGAUAUCUCAUAGAUAAUAAUCCAAAACUGAAUAGCGCAGAUGUAUGUGGAAUUAUAUCACAACAUAAUGACUGUCCGUUGUCUGAUAGCUACGAUUGGGAAGUAAAUAUUCCACCUGGAAAUACUAUCAGGAAGCUCAAGUUGAGUGGAUCAAAGACUUUCAAUAUACUCCAUAUAACAGACAUACAUUAUGAUCCACUUUACACUACAAACAAAACCAAUGACUGUGGAGAACCAGUUUGCUGUCAAUUUGACCAACCCGAUGGCACGAAUGAAACCAAUUCUUGUGGUUACUGGGCAGAUUACAAAAUGUCAGAUAUCCCUUGGAGAACAGUGGUAAAUGGAUUUGAACAAACGAAAAAACAUAAAUAUGAUUAUGUAUAUUUCACCGGAGAUAUUAUGAGCCACAGAACUUGGGAAACUAGUGUGUCGGAAAAUUCUCGAGUUAUCGCUCAGAUCUUUGAUGCUUUCUCUGAAUAUUACAAAGUACCAGUUUUUCCGAUUUUAGGUAAUCAUGAACCUCACCCAGCAAACUUGUUUUCUACUGGAGUGAAUAACGCACCAUAUUCAGAUCAGUGGCUUUUUGAUAUUAUGUUUCAAAAGAUGUCGAAAUGGGUACCCAUUGAUGAGGUGAAAGACACAAUUCUCAAAGGAGGAUACUACACUGUGUCACCAAGAAAAGGAUUCAGAGUGAUUGUUCUGAAUAAUUGUGUUGGAUAUAUUGCUAACUGGUGACCAAAAUACUUACCUACUGGAGAUCCACAUUUUUACAGGAUUUGGGGUCGUGAAUACAGAAAAAUUGUUGAUCGAUUUGCCAAUACCAUAACUGGGCAGUUCAACGGUCAUGAGCACAGAGACGAUUUUUACGUGUUCUAUAAUAGAUCUGAUCCAAAUCAAGCUAUCAAUAUGGCGUGGAAUGGUGCAUCACUGGUGACUUAUUAUGAAGCGAAUCCAAGUUAUAAAAUCUAUACCAUUGAUGACAAAAAUUUUAAUGUAGUGGAUAUCGAUGAAUGGACUUUCAAUGUUACCUUAGCUAAUCAGUAUCCAGACAAGGAACCGGAGUGGUAUAAAAUAUACUCCUUCAAGGAUGCAUGGGGCGUUGAGAGUUUAGAUGCGGUAGAAAUUGAUCGUUUGGUCCAAAAUAUGACGAAAAAACAUGAACUCAUUGACCAAUAUUACAAUUUCAGAUUCAAAAAUAGUGAUGCAGCGAUCAAAAGCGGUUUGGAUGAUAAUCUCAGAAAAGCUUUGUUGUGUAUAAUGGUAACCACAGAUGGAGACAAGCAAAUGUGUGAGAAAGUUUCCAAGAUGUUCGACGACACUAAGAGUAAUCAAGUUUUUGUGAAUUGAAUGACUAUUGAAAGAAAACAAUAUUCAGUAAUAUAAUUGAGACAUUCUAUAAAUA